AUGAAAAUUGGUGAAAUAUGGUCACAACUAGGUUCAAUCAUGGCUAGCAUAAUGUUUGUAUAUGCCAUGUUUGAUAAAUUCUUCCCACCUCAUCUUCGUAGAUAUUUUCUCAAAUACACAAACAAAUUCUCAACUCUUUUCUAUCCAUAUAUACAAAUCAAAUUCCAUGAACUAUCCGGAGAGAAACUCAAACACAGCGAAACUUACAAAACCAUCCAAACAUAUCUCAGCGCUAACUCGUCACAAAGUGCUAGAAGACUUAAAGCGGAAGUUAUCAAAGAUAGCCAAAAUCCAUUAGUCCUAAGCAUGGAUGAUAACCAAGAAAUCGUCGACGAGUUCAAUGGAAUCAAAGUUUGGUGGUCUGCAAAUCACACCACUUCAAAAUCACAAUCAUUUUCAUUUUUCCCUACUUCGGAUGAGAAGAGAUUCUUAACAUUAACCUUCCACAAAAGAAAUCGCGAUGUUAUAACUACCUCGUACAUUCAACAUGUGUUGGAAGAAGGAAAGGCUAUUACAACGAAGAAUAGGCAGUUAAAGCUUUACACCAACAAUCCAAGCAAGGAAUGGAUGAGGUAUAUGAGUACAAAGUGGAGUCAUACAAGUUUUGAGCACCCGGCGUGUUUUGAAACACUUGCUAUGGAACCGGAGAAGAAAGAAGAAAUCAUAAAUGAUCUUCUUAAGUUCAAAGAAGGGAAAGAGUAUUAUACUAAAGUUGGAAAGGCUUGGAAGCGUGGUUAUUUACUUUUUGGUCCUCCGGGGACUGGAAAAUCUACCAUGAUAUCUGCUAUUGCUAAUUUCAUGAACUAUGAUGUUUAUGAUCUUGAGUUAACCGUUGUUAAGGAUAACAAUGAGUUGAAGAGGCUUUUAAUUGAGACGUCGAACAAGUCUAUUAUAGUGAUUGAAGAUAUUGAUUGUUCUUUGAAUCUUACUGGGCAAAGGAAGAUGAAAAAAGAGAAUGAUGAUGAUGAGAAUGAAGAGAAAAAGAAACUUGUGGAUAAAGCUAAAGGAGAAGAGAAAAAUGAAAGUAAGUUAACUCUUUCGGGUUUGUUGAAUUUUAUUGAUGGAAUUUGGUCGGCCUGUGGAGCGGAGAGGAUUAUAAUAUUUACGACGAAUUUUGUGGAUAAACUUGAUCCUGCUCUCAUUAGGAGGGGAAGGAUGGAUAAGCACAUAGAGAUGUCAUAUUGUAGCUAUGAAGCAUUCAAGGUUCUUGCAAGGAAUUACUUAGAUGUUGAGUCUCAUGAUGAGUUGUUUCCAGUUAUUGGAAAGUUGUUGGAGGAUACUAAUAUGACACCUGCUGAUGUUGCUGAGAAUUUGAUGCCAAAGUCUAUUACUGAAGAUUUUGAAACUUGUUUGAAGAAAUUGAUUCAAUCUCUUGAGGAAGCAAAGAAAAAGUUAGAGGAAGAGGAAGCAAAGAAAAAAACUGAGGAGAAGGUUGAGGAAGCAAGACUUAAGGAAGAGAAAGAUAAACAAAAAAUUGCUCAAGAGGAAGAAAAUGUGAAGGCUAAUGAAAAUUCUAAGGAAAAUGAUAAGGAGAAUGGUUUAAUCCAUUAA